GUGAAACCGCCCGAUAGACGAACUCGGGCCAACGCAAACUCCAUGCCCCAUGAAGUGCACAGGAUGCCAAAACGCUAUGCUUCCAACAUGCACGAUACGCUCCAGCAUCGGCAUGAACUGUUAUGCUGUCCUGGGAUUCCAGUUCGAGCGGUUUGCUACGACACUGUACGCCAUCACAUCUUGACAUAUACCAGCUACGACAUGCCACCGAGCCCAUCGAAAAAUCCAUUGAUUCCAAAUCCCAUUAUGACGGAGCAUAGUGUUCGGUUGUACUCGUUGAAGCGUGAGAUCAAACGCAGAAGACUGUUUCAAGACGACGUGGCUCAAUUUGCACCAAACGCGGUGAAGAUGCAAAUGAUGUUCUCCCGCGCGACCGAUGUCUUUGUCUGCGUGUACACCAUGCUGCGCGACGAUGUUUGUGGCAUUGAAAUAUUGGAGCCUGCGACGUUGGACAAGCUAUACCUGUUCCGCGGAGGGGGAGCCAAUUUGAUACAAUGCGCAGCGCUUGAAGAUGAAAAGAGUGAUCUGCUCGUUUGCAGCGAAUUCCCUGUCGUGAACAACAAACAGGCGUUUGUCUAUGUGAUCGAAGUGUGGGGGCUCGCACGAAAGUCCACUGCAACCGACAAGGACUCGCUCUCGCCAAUCGACGUGCAGCCCCGGCCUUCACUGGCCCCAUCCAAGCACCAAGUGACUAUGUUCACUGCAAGCCCGAAUCGUGUGUUUGGCGUCGUCAUUCCAAAGCCCACGGAAGAUUCCGCCCUCGAUCGCGACCAGCAACUGACCUCUUUGGUCGCAUGGGACCGAGGCACCAGGCAAAUCAUCAAAGUUCAAAAUGGUUUCGACAAUGCCCAGCGACUCACCGCCCUCCAACUAUCCAAGUGUGCCCAGUGGCUGUUCUCGGGCCACUGGAACGGCUCGCUCAACAUUUGGAACGUAGGAUAUUCUCUCUCCCGGCUGUACCAAAUUGGCCCCGGCGGCAAACCGUACAAAUGCCUUCGUGGCGAAUGCUUGCACGUGGGCGGGUUAACGAGCAUCCUUCCCCAGCCCAAAAUCGACAACGACAAUUCGACCGAGAUGGAGAUGGAUAUCUUCACCACUGGAAAGGACGCGUGCGUGCAACAGCACCGAUUUCGGACCGUGCUACACGGCGAAGGCGACAUCGACGUGCAGUUUGACAAGCUGGGCGAGUUUGACCCCGUCGCACGUGUCGGCGGCAAGGGCAAGGCGCCGCGUGUGUUUUGUGUGCCUGUGGCGGUCGAGAUGGGCCAUUUCACCGAGCACUUGCUUUUGGUUGCAGCACGAGACAUUGUGCAUGUGCUCAAGAUUCAAACGCUAGCCGAAUCGGUGCUAGCGCUGCAGCAGAACGCGCACUAUUCUCCCUUGACAUUUGUGCACACCGCCAUCAGCCAGCCGAUUUCGCCGCCGAUUGCAGCGGCCUUGGCCAGCGAUAACACCGUGACGGUGCUCUCGCUUCCAUCUGCGACGUCGAGCCAGACCGUGACACCAUGCCUGCCCUCUGCUUCUAUAUCGGCCUUGAUUGUGCACGAGCACUACAUCAUCCUGGGCUGGUCCACUGGUGCCGUCCACGUGUACGACAAUUUGAAAUUCGUGGGAAGCGCGCAAGAUCCAACGUUUACCACAAGCGUGACCUCAAUCGUCGUGAUGAACAUUCCAGUAUGGAAAGCGCGCAAGCCCCUGGCCCACGAGUCGAUGUGGGGCGGGAAGCUUCGGUCGUCCAAAGCGCUGGCGCCGCUGCCGCGCACAAACGACGCCGAAGCGGGUACAACGUGUAUUUUUGCGGCGUCGGGCGAUGGAUUUGUGUUGGCAUGGCGUCUGCCGUCGUUCCAAAGCGCCGUCGUCGCGGAAGCCACGGUGACAUGGAGGGGUCAUAGCGCGACAAUUCAGAGUCUGUUACCGUUUUCCAUCGGUGAAAACCACCAUGCUCUCGUCUCCAUCGCGAGCAACGGCCUCAUUAAAGUGUGGAGUGUCAACCCCAUGGCCGAUGCGGCCCCUCCGUUGCUGUCGCAAUAUGCCGUGCCGAGUCGGGCCAACGGCGCUGUCACGGCCACGUGCCUCCUCGAGCAAGACGACCACAUUCACUUGUUCGUGUGCGGAUUUGAGAACGGCAGCAUUGCCAUUCACCAAGUGGAUUCCCACAUCCAAGGCGCACGGGUAUGGGACAUGAACUGGACGUUGUUGGCAGCGGCCGACCCGCAUCAACGACGCGUGUCAUGCAUUCGGUCGGUGCCGCACCCGGGCCAGCUCAACCCUCCGUCCAACAUUGUGAUGCACUGCUCGUUCGCCUCGGCAUCGUUUGACGGCCACGUGAUUGUGUGGGCAUUGGAUGGCGUCCACCAGGUCCUGCAUGAACGGCGGUACUUUGAAUUCCACGGCCCGGUGUUGGAUGCAUUUGUCCACGACGAGUCGCUAAUCGUGACGCUGCCAAACGAGCUCUGCCGGGUCAAAUACGUCUCGAGCCUGCGCGCGGCAACGUUUGGCGAGAAGCCGGCCCGCCACCUGCACCCGAUCACGUUGCCGACUGAAACCCACGGGGCCACGGCAGAGACAGCGAUGGCCAACGAGUCCCGCCUCCAGCACAUCGAGUGCCACAUCGCAAUACAUGAUCGCGAUAAGUCCUUGCCGGAGGCGUGCCCCGACAGCCUCUCCCUGGCAUACCCUGCAACCCAAAGCCCGUCGGACCACGAUGUGAUGGCCGAAGCCAUUCGGGAAUUCUUGGCGAGCACGCACUCGGAGCACCAGUUCGACGACGAACACGCUAUCUUGCUUUCCGCGACGGAUCUGCGACGAGUGUACAAGAUUUGGCGCGCGCUGUCACCAGCAACGACUGCGGCGUUCUCGGGGAAGCGGUUGGCGCAGUUCCUGAGCUCGAAUCACUUGCUGCCGGCGUCCAAGCUGACGUGGGCUCAGGCCGUGGAUGCGUUGACGUGGUGCAACACGGCACCAUCGACGUCGUCGGCCGCCGCCGUCCACCGCCGAUACGACGCCAUGGGCCAAACAAAACGUCUUGUGUCGUUCAAUUCGCUUGGCGAAAAGUCCGUGGCUUCCGUCAGCGUCGCCAGCGCUCGGACGGCGCCACAGCCGUGUCGGCCGGUGGCGUCCGUGCCGUCGCAUACGGUGGAUCCCCGCGUUGACGUCCCGACCACCUUGAAACGAGCCAUCUUCUUGCCGCGAGAACUCCAACGUUUCUGGCGAGACGACUCGUGCUGGUGCACUGGAGAGCUGGUGCUUCCAUCCCAGCAGGCCGUCGAUCGAGAUGACCCGGUUCGUCGUCCGAGAUGCCCCACGUGCCGCAAGCGGCUCCAUGUUGUGGCUCCAGACUCGAUGCUUCCCGUGCGAUCUGUCCUGUCGACCAUCCAUCACGUGUACAAGUCCGCUCAGCUCGAAAAGGAACACCAGCAGUCCUGGCACAACAUCUCGCUUGGCCCGCUUACCUACGCCUUGUUCAAACCAAAGUAUGGCAUGCCAGCCGUCGUCGAGCACAAACUCGAGUGGUUUUUUAUCUCGGUGGCCGUGUACUCGCCUUCCUACGACGCUAUCCGUGCAUUUGGACAGUGUUGCGACAUCUUUCACGCCACCCCGGCGGUCCCGCCGUGGCUCAUGCACCUGUACGUGGACGGGUACUACUGGCUACAAGCCCAUGGGCUCGUCACUCUCGGCGACCCCAUGCCGGGGGCCCACCACACGUACGGCGUCGACGUUGCCCACGGAGAGAAGCACGCGUGUUGGGAAAUGGUCUCAACGGAUGCAUGCCGCAUGUGCUGCCAACAUCUCCUCGUCUAUCCGCAUGUCCCGCCCAAAUUUGUCGCCAACGUACUGGACGCAUCCGACGCGAAAGCCAUUCGUGGGAACGUUGAAAUGCACGCGUUCUUGGUUGAGUGGAUCUCUGAAUGGGAAGCCACGUCCGUGGCGUUUGCAAGGUCGGAACGCGAUCUGUUUGGGCCACGUACUAUGGCGUCCAUGGCCGACGAGUUGACAAAGUUGCGGACGCUCUUGGAGUGCUUCAUCUACUACGACCGGCGUCGAGACGGGUGUGUGGACCACCACACGUUUGGCACGAUCAUUCUUGGCAUGCUGGCCUUGUGGCCGCCGGUGGACGACGCGUGCGACGUCGCAGAGCACAUUCAAGGACUGGUCAACAGAUACCAAGACCACGAACGCGACGGCGCCGUGUGCUACCUCGACAUGUUCUCGCUGCUCUACGUCGUGGCGCUCAAGGCACACAAGUACUUGCCUUUCCCCGAUAUCCUCGACUUUAGCUGGGGGUACAAGCUCGAACUCGACGACGCAUAUCGAGGCAACGUCGUCGCGUUCAUGCAAAACUACAUGUUUCAAGAGCCACCGGCGGGGGUGCUCGACGUGGGGAAAUUGAACGGCGGCUCGAGCCAAAGCUGGCACCGCCACUCGACUGGCACGUUCCACUGGAAACACACGGUCGUGGCGGGUCCAGAUGCUGUCGACUCGGCCCUGCGAAUGGAGCAUCUCGCUGUGCAUGUGGGCCACCCAGCGCUGCGCGAGCGUGCGGAGCAGCACGAUGCAAAACCCUCCAAGCACGACGUUCCGCCAGGUCCAUACAUUCCAGAUGGAGUGCUGCCAACGAAUUCGCAUGCGCUGGACGCCGCGCUCUUGCGAGAGCUGAUUGAUACAACCGUGGCCACUACUACGGCGACAUCCCCAGUACCACGACGAUCUGUCGACAACAUCGCCGAGCGACCCCGGUCGCUCGAAACCAAACCAACGAUCGUCGGCGCGAAGACCUUUUCUACGCUUUACGUGCAAUUCCCAGACACCGCGCCUUUCAAAACGAUGUCGACAGGCUCUCGCACAGCACAGCCCGUGCGUCGUCGAGCUCCGCGCGACAACGUGUCGUCGAUUGAAUCGGUGGAAGUCGAUGGGUCGCCGGCCCACGUCCACCGAGCUUGGCAGGCCACUACCGACGGGCGAGCCCUUGACGUCGCCGCGCCAGGGGUGGAGUCGCGUCGUACCGGCAGCACGUCGUUUUCCAACCACGUUUCCAUCGGCACGUCGCGUACUUUGACAAGCCGCGACGACCCGUUCGUGCCAACGAUGGAUACAGUCAAGAGCAUGGAUUUGGCGGGAGCAGUCGCCGAUAGCCAGGAUGAUGGCAGCGUCGGAGCGCAAGUGUUGUCCUGCGACGUCGCCCCCGUUGGCGAGGUCAUCUCGCCACACUUGGACAAAUCGGACGAUGUCGUCACGUCUGGUGUGGCAGAGGCACCGUCCGUAGGCGGCUUCCACCCAGACUCGACUCGCGUCGACAGCGAUCACGACGACGACGUGCAGCUCGUUGACGUCGACGCGUAUAUUCCCGCCGACGACUUGCACACACACGCACCACAAUCAGCAACGCCGUUGCCAUGCCAAGCGGCAUCGUCCACAGAUAGUUCGCCACGCGUUCCGACUGGGAGCCGUCGGAACAUGGCGGCAUCCCUUCAAGCGGAGCGUCAAGAGUCGAUGCACGUGCUGCAAUUCGCUCUGACCGACCUGCACGCAUCGGACCGAGGAAGCGCUUCCGUCCAAACCGGUCGAAGCAUUCCUGGUCCAUGCACAGACUCGUACCGUUCGCCGCUCGCCACACCCGGCAACUCGAGUCCGUCGAGUCGCGUCGACAAUAUCCCGCACAACUUGGAACUGGACAGCUUGAUCCAAGUUGCAGCCGUCGUCGAUCCAUUCCUGGACGCCAUCGUGCUGCCGCUACCACCGUCCAUGUUGGACUGCUUGACGUCGCCGUUGCAAACUUGUCUUGGGUUGGGCAAAGCGUGCGCCGCCCCGGUUCAGCUCACUCGAGUGUAUUCGAUCGUGGAGAAGCACGAGGUGCAGCCCCAUGCCGCAACCAGCAGCUCGGCCAACCCGUCCCAUCACGGCGGCCGCUCCGACGUGGCUACGACCGAGCUAGAGUCCAUCGAGUCGGACGAUGAAGACGGGGGCACGAGUGACGGCGAGUCGUCCGAUGAAGAAGACGACGAUGGCGAUGUGGGUGAGACAGAUAUCAACGGAGUCGACACCGUCGAACCGACGAUGAUCUCGCGGGAUGAUGCAUCCCAACAUCGUCCCAAGAGCGACGCAGAGAGUACUCCUUCGACCGAAACCAGAGCCACGGGGACCAACGCAAUCGAACACACAAACAUCGUCGACGCGCAGCGACACAAGGCCCGUGCGCAGCGGCCCGACAUGAUGGCAGCGCCGGGCAAGCAGCCGGAAGUAGCGCCCAUCGUCGCCACUUCGACGGAAGCCAUCAAACGGCGAGAGUUUCUCUUUAGCUAUCCUGUGCAGCUAAACGUCCACGACCUGUACAAGGCGCGAUCUCGUCUUCACGCGCCGCAGUGGACUCCGCAGGAUGCGUCCGACGAGGAAGACGACGAUGCCAUGACGCACGUGACGACUUACGACGACUCGGCGUUUACAGACGACGGCGUGAUAGCCGCUGGGGACGUUUGCCUGUCGCCCCGCUUGGAUCAAAACAUCACGUCCAGAUGGGCGCGUGUGUUUGAAUCGGCCGAACUCGACAUCCACACGCAGCUCACAGACGCGUUUGAUGCAGUCCAAGUCGACGCGGCCGCGUCGUCGCCGCGGCAUGGCCUUGCCAACGCAGAAGCUGCCGCCGACGCGUCGAGCGCGGCGUCGAUUCGAUGGAAAACGAAGCGCCGGACGUCCAUCUUUCGAACGGACCGGGCGACGCGCGAGGCGUGCUGCCACCCGACGCCCCUUGUCCUCGGCGAGUCGAUCACGGACAUUGUGCAUUCGAACCAGGUGCGCCAUUACGUGUACGUCAACUCGAUUCCCGACGGCAUCAUCACGUUCAAAUUGACGUGCUCCAACGACGCGGUCGAUCUGUUUGUGGCGUGCUCGACAACGGCUCCGUGUUCGACCGAUUGCGACUGGCGCGACGUCGACCCAUGAAAAGCGAGUUGUGAUUUACCCCACCGACAAAGCCAUCCAGGCCCAUCGCAUGCUGUACGUGGCGGUAGGCGGCCUUGACGGCAGCGACGUGAACGCUCCGUUCGCGCUGUGCGCCAUGUCGUCGGGCCAUGCGGUGUCCACAAGUCGAUCCAUCGACCACGUCGACCGCUUGAUCACGCAAUUCCAUGCGCUGGCCAACUUGGUACGUCGUCGUGUGCGCGGCGGUGGUGUCGUCCUGUUUUAGCCCGUGGUCGGCUAGGUGGCAAAGGACAUGGACAACAGCAACCAAAACAACGACAAGGGCGACGAGUACUUGAGCCUGACGCAGCACUACGCGACGAUCGCCAACCAGUCGAUGGGCCGGCGGGGGACCAUCGAGAUGGUCCACGAGAGCAUUCAGAACGAAGACGACGACGACGCGCCGCCGCCCGUUGCAGCACGUGACGACGGACAGCCCGUCGAGUCGACAAGCGCGCCGCCGCCGUCGACGACGAGCGACGACAUCCACGCGUUCGAAGUCCUCCUCGAACGAUUGACAAAGGUCAACGCCAGUCCGUCCGAUGCGAUUCCCACGACCCCCGGCGACGAUACCUUUCGGGACGCAGCAUCGGUCGAAGACGCGGUGGACGUCGUCGACGAAAACGCCGCGUUGCGAUCGAUGGUCCAGACCAUGGUCGCCGCCCGACUCGCCGACAACAACGCACACACGACUCGCCCUGCCCCCAAACGCAAACUCCGUCGACAGCGAACGCCACACGUGGUGGCGUAUAGCAUGGCUGGAGGAGGCCAUAGCAUGUAGCGCGUCACCUGCCACGGAGAAAACGAACCGUUCAUGAGGUUGAACGGCAUGACGUGGCAUCCUGGAUGCGAUCUUGGGGCGACGUAAGUCCAGGACAUGUUACAACCCCGAACCCCCCUCCCCCGUGGUUUCGCUCGGGUCAGUCAACGUCACGUCGACCCUGCCCCCCCCCUUACCCCUUGCAACGACCCCAGACGUAAACGAUGAAUUGUGUUUUUGAGGGAAUUGCCUCCA